AAAGCCUACAACUUACGUACUGAAGAAAAGAAAACCACUUGUAAAGCAGAUCACAUAUACUCACCGCACCGCACCGCGCGUCGUCGCCGCGCCGCCCCGCCCCACCCCACCGGAUCCCGCCAGAUCCAGGCGCCCAGAUCCCGGAGCGCCCGACUGGUCCGAUGGACCCCUCGCCGGCCCAGGCGGCCGCGGCGGAGCGCGACCGCUCGCCGCCGCCGCCCCCUCCCCCGCCCCCGUCCUCCUCCGCGUCGCCUCUCGCCGUCGUCUGCAGCUUCUGGAAAGACUUCGAUUUGGAGAAAGAAAGAAGUGGGUUGGAUGAGCAGGGUUUAAAGAUUGCGGAGAAUCAAGAGACGAGCCAGAAGAACCGACGUAGACUUGCUGAGAAUACUCGGGACUUCAAGAAGGCAUCUCCAGAUGACAAGCUUAGUUUGUUCAACUCAUUGCUUAAGAGUUACCAGGAGGAAGUUGACAAUCUCACAAAGAGAGCAAAGUUUGGAGAAAAUGCAUUUCUCAACAUCUAUCAGAAGCUCUAUGAAGCCCCUGAUCCAUAUCCAGCUCUUGCUUCUAUGUCUGAUCAAGACCAGAAACUAUCUGAACUGGAGACUGAAAACCGGAAGAUGAAACUUGAGCUUGAAGAAUACCGGGCGGAAUCUGCGCACCUAAAGAACCAACAGGCGACGAUUAGGCGACUUGAGGAGCGAAACCGCCAACUAGAACAACAGAUGGAAGAAAAAGUUAGAGAGAUGGUUGAAAUGAAACAGCGAAGCUUGGCAGAAGAUAGUCAGAAAACUCUCGAAGCCCUGAAAGAUAGGGAACGGGCGUUGCAGGACCAACUAAGGCAAGCUACAGAAAGUGUCAAGAAUAUGCAGAAGUUACAUGAAUCGGCACAAAGCCAAUUGUUUGAGCUUCGUACUCAAUCAGAGGAGGACCGGACAGCAAAGGAAGCUGAAGUGAGCCUUCUGAUGGAUGAAGUUGAACGCGCUCAAUCACGAUUAGUUAGCCUUGAAAGAGAAAAGGGGGAUUUACGGUCUCAGUUGCAGACAACAAAUGAAGACACAAGUAAUAAUAGUGAUUAUGUGGACCCAAGUGAUAUACUUGAGAGUUCUUUGAAUGCCAAGGAGAAGAUUAUAUCAGAGUUGAAUGCAGAACUGCGUAACAUUGAAAGUACUUUAUCAAGUGAGAAAGAAAUGCAUGUGAAUGAAGUAAAGAAGUUGACUGCUUUACUCAGUGAGAAGGAAACUGCGAUAACGGAGUUGAAGAAAGAACUUCAAGAAAGACCUACGACUAGACUAGUUGAUGAUCUCAAGAAAAAGGUUCAGAUUUUGCAGGCUGUUGGGUACAACUCAAUUGAAGCUGAAGACUGGGAGCUAGCAACUAAUGGUGAAGAAAUGAGCAAACUGGAAGCUUUGCUUCUUGAUAAGAACCGCAAAAUGGAGCAUGAACUUACACAGUUGAAGGUUAAAAUAUCAGAGAAGUCAAGUCUUCUUGAGGAAGCCGAGAGAAAGAUCGCUGAACUAACUUCAAAGGUUGAAGAGCAGCAAAAAUUGAUUCUGAAACUUGAGGAUGACAUAUUAAAGGGCUGCAGUUCAACUGAUAGGAGGAUUUCUCUUUUGAAUGAUUGGGAUCUUCAAGAAAUAGGCUCAAAUGAAGUAUCGGAGGGUACUGAUCCAAGGAAUUCAUCACCAGACCAAGAUCAAAGUUCCAUGCUCAAGGUCAUCUGCAAUCAGAGGGACCGUUUCCGUACACGAUUACGUGAAACUGAAGAGGAACUGAGGAGAUUAAAAGAGAAGUAUGAAAUGCUAGCUGUAGAAUUGGAAAAAACAAAAGCUGAUAAUGUUCAAUUGUACGGAAAGAUUCGAUACGUCCAGGACUACAGUCAUGAGAAGAUUGUUUCUAGAGGACCAAAGAAGUACGCAGAAGAUAUUGAAAGUGGUUCUUCAGAUGUUGAAACAAAGUACAAGAAAAUGUACGAGGAUGACAUAAAUCCUUUUGCAGCUUUCUCGAGGAAGGAAAAGGAUCAAAGAUACAAGGAACUUGGUAUAAGAGAUAAGAUCACUCUCAGUAGUGGCCGUUUUCUCCUCGGUAACAAAUUUGCCCGGACAUUUAUAUUCUUCUACACUAUUGGAUUGCAUCUCCUUGUGUUCACACUGCUGUACAGAAUGUCAGCUUUGAGCUAUCUGAGCAUAACACCUGCACAUGAUGAGAUCAUCCUCGACGCUGGCAAUCAGACACUAUCGCAUAUGCCCUGAGCCAAGUUUGAUGUAACAGUAUUAUCACUUGAUCAGUACUGAAAACGAAGCGUUCCCGGGGUUUUGGUCUCGAGAAUCUCUGCAUAGGAUUAUGACUGAAGUUUUUAGUUUACUAUGCCCUUUAGGUGCCUUGAUAUGUUCUCUCCUGUAGAUAAAUUUCCAGUAAAGCGGGUAAGGACCAAGGGACGAGGUGGCGGAUGAGGUGUGGUGCUAGAGUCAUUCUGUAAACUGUUGUAUUACCCAAUUGCCCUUUUGAUGACAAAUGAAAGCACAUAUGUACAAACACAAUGCCAUCCAAAGUAUGUUUCAGAACAUAUGGUCGGGAGUUUGUGGCGAGGACAGUUGUACAGAAUUCUAGAAAUAAAAAGGAUUGAGUGAGCAA